AUUGGCUUUAUGUGAAGCUAUGGCGAUGGCUGUGCCAGUGCUCCAUAGGUUCGUUCCAUUUCUUCAUUCACGCUCAAGGGGUGCAGGGCCUUGCCGUUUUGGAGGACGAGAUUGGGCUGCUGCUAUUCACAAGCAGAGAGAUGUAGUGGUCUCUUGUGCGCCUUCUUCGCCAUCUCCACAGGAAGAAGCUUCAAAAAACAAUCAAUCUCGGGCUCUACUACCGCCGGAGGACGCGAGGUACAUUGCGAAAUUGAUCGCUGGAUGUGUAGGUGGUGCUAUUCUCAUCAAGUAUGGGAGCUUGAUCGUUCCAGAUAUUGCAAGACCCAGCAUUCUCCAGGCUCUGGCAAUGAUAUUCACUCCUGUUGUGGUGAGCGUGGCUGCUUUGUGGAAUGCGAGCUCUAGAAAGAAGCCAUGAUAAGAUUUGUAAAAGAAAGUCACCAAAAAAAUUCAUAUGUUUUGUUCAA